AUGAAGUGCUCAAAUCAAAGUCAUGUCGUGCCACAUAGUACCACUCAACCAAGACCCGAUCAACAAUGGAUUGUGAACCAAGAGAAGAAAAUAAUUCAGUUGGUCCAAAACAUAAAUAAGAAAAUAAAAAAUGCUGAAAGUGAAAGGGAUUUAAUUUUGAGAAUUAUAGCUCACUUACAAACUCAAGAGGGACUUGGUACUGACAGUAACAAAUAUUCCAGUCAUGAAUCAUAUCCAGUGAACGGAAUUAAGUCCUUAUGUGCUGAGAAUAUGGGGAAGCAAAACUCGUGUGAAAAAGUUGAGCACGAUGACAAAAACGCUCUGUGCAAAUUAAGCAAUCUUUCUGAGGGAAUUCAUUCAAAGUGUAUCAGAUGCAAUAAUGCUCCAAACAAUUCUAAACAAUCGCGACGUAAUUCAAAUUCAGUCAGUCCUCCGGAAAAAUGUGGUGCAGUGGAGCUUCAUAACAUUGAAAAAUUUAUUAACGUUGUGCUGAUUCGAAAGCUUCAAACUUUGGCUGAUCAUUGUCGCAAAUCUUUACAAACAUGUUUAUAUCUCCACCAAAAUGGUAGUAUGAAUCCUGCUCAUCAACCUGAAACGCCAACUUGGACUAAUGUACCUAAUUUCUUUCCAAGAGGUUGUCCAUUUAUAAAUUCCAGUUUAAAUGAUGGACUACUUAUGCGUAAUUCUAAUCGCGAUAUAACUGCCACUACCCUUUAUAAAGUCAAAGAGCCAGUCAAAGAUGAACACUCUUGUAAAACUUUAUUGAAUAAUUCGAUUUCGAUUAAUCCAAUAUUUAAUUCUAAGUCUCAAAAUUAUCAAGCUGUUGAACGUGGAACAAAUGCUAAACCAUGUAGAAAGAUUUUGAAUGCUAAUAAAUUAACAUUUACAAGUAAUAAAUAUUGUAGUGGAAAAUGUUAUCACUGUAAAGAAAAUCAGUUGAGAACACCUGUGAUACGCGAAGUGAUUGACCAUACGGCACCAAUGAGAAAAGUAGAAUGGAGAUAA